AUGCCCGUUCACCUCGUGGUGAUCCUGCUCCUGGCCGGCUUCGAUGCCACCGAUAGGGCCCAGAAGCGGCCGGAGGCGAACGGGCCCCGGGACCUCCGAGACUUGACAGCCGACGGCGCGCCGCCCACGCAAGCGGACAAGCAGGAGAGCAGCCGCGGAGGGAGCUCGAGGGAGGCCGUUCCGUACGCGGAGCACUCCACGCGUGGUGCCGGCGGCCGCAUGCUCCAGCACGCCGAGGAGACGUGGGCGCGGGGAGAACGGAAGCACAUCGGCGGUCCAGCGCCAGGCCUGCCGACCCUGCCCUGCCGUGCGGGGGGGCCUGGUGUCAACGACGCAGGCGCUGACGAUGCUGCCAUGAGCGCAGGCCAGUCUGAAGAGUGCUCGUCGCUACGCGUCCUGGAGAGCACCGUGGCCAGCGGGGUGGAGGGCGCGGCCUGCCUGCGGAGGCUGCACCUGAGCAUGGUGCCCCGCGUGUCCGAGGACUGCGUCGCGCAGAUGCGCGAGCGCUUCCCCCGCUGCGCCUUCUUCCAGCACUCGAGGGCCCCCGCGCGUCCUGGACACCCCGGCGAGCCGUUCGCCAAGCGCCCCCCGCCCCCGAAGGGCGGCAGGGGGGCCGCGCGGCCCGGCUCGUCGGGAAGCCGCGCCGCCCGCGGAGCGCCGGGCGCUCGGGCCGCGCACGGAGGGGGGCGGGGAGUCUGA